AUGUAUCGUACGUGCCUCCAGCAGCUGCUCCGACUGUCAUGCAAGCCACUCUUCAAGUAUUUGGUACCUGGUGGUCACCGUGCGGUUCGAUUAUCAUCGACAAAAACCCGAAAUCAUCGCCUAGAAGAAAUAUUUGAAAACAAAAAGCCACCUCAGGGCUCUGAUAAAGCUGAUAUUACGAGGAAACUCAAGCCAGUGACUCCCAAUGACUUAUUCGUAUCUUGCACCAAGUUUGACCGUAAGGGUAAUAUCGUAGAGGUUUCUAAGAACUACCCCAAAAUGCAAUUUCUCAAGGAAAACGAUUUAUUUCCACGAGAUUUGAGAAAUAUCGAAACAACAUCGUUGGAUAUCAUUCCCCUGUUCAUCAUCCGGUCGCCGGCGUCCAUUAUUGUCAACUUGCUUCACAUAAAAGCCCUUAUCAAGAAGGAUCAAGUGAUGAUCUUUGAUACUUCAACGCCAGAAAUUGCCAAAAAACUAGGGCUUUUCAUGUACGAUUUAGAAAUGGUAUUGAGGUUGCCGCUGGGAAACACCCCUUUUGAGUUCAGGGUUUUAGAAGGAAUACUCAUCAGCACUACUACGUAUUUGGAGACAGAGAUGAAGAGCCAUGCUUCCAUCUGUAAUAGAAUUCUAGCUGAGUUGGAAGAAGAUGUUGACAGAACGAAGUUACAGGAGCUCUUAAUUCGACUGAAGAGGUUAUCGAGCUUCCACCAGCGGACUCUUUUAAUCCGAGACGUCUUGGACGAUCUUCUUGAUAACGACGAAGAUUUGGCUGCGAUGUACUUGACCCACCCCAAACGAUACGACCCAACCAUAGAUAACCCCACGGACUAUUCUGACCUCGAAAUGUUACUUGAAGCCUAUUACAACCAUUGCGAUGAGCUUGUCCAGCAGGCUGGAUCACUUUUAAACGAUAUUAAAGUCACAGAAGAAAUCGUCAAUAUCAUUCUUGAUGCCAACAGAAACUCGCUCAUGUUGUUCGAGUUGAAAGUGUCUAUCUACACCUUGGGUUUCACCGUGGCUACAUUACUUCCUGCUUUCUACGGUAUGAACUUGAAAAACUACAUCGAAGACUCGAAUCUUGGAUUUGCAGCCGUAGUGGUUUUUUCCAUACUCCAGGGUGUAAUUAUCACGGCUAUCAACUUCAGGAAGCUUAGAGGCGUGCAAAAAUUGGCAAUGAUGGGAAAAAAGGGCAACAAGCAGCAAGCUGUUCGCAAGUAUAAUUGGCCUCAUUGGUGGAGAGCGAAGAGAAGAACAAAAUAUGAUAGACCUACUUCUCUGGAGAAAGAUGUGUUGUGGCGGAUGAUUAAUGACGAUAAACCUCUAAAAUGA